GAGCCUCCGGGACCACGCUCCACUACUUUUAUUCUCCAUUACGCCUUAAACGAUCACUCACUGGAACAAGUUGCCUCCCAUUUUUAAUGAAGUACAGACAGUUUUUGCAAUUUUUUAUUUUCUCCCACAGUUUCAUUGCAAAAGGAAAACUUCUGAACCCCCUGCCCCGACCCGGAUUCAGCCUUCAACAGUGAUGACCCAUGACCCCAGAAACCACAAAAUGUACAGAGUCAACACUGACUCAGGAGAAACUGUUCCACCAAUCAGCUGAGGCCAUUGACCAGAGUCUGUGUCUCUAUAAGAAGCAGCUCGUCCUGUCUCCUCCCGUCUCCCCUGCAGCUCAGACUCAACCCACACAAUGUCUCUGUGCCCACCCGCCCUGCUGCUGUUGGCCCUGGCCUGUCUGGCCCAGUUCGGCUCGCCUCAGCCUGUGGACAACUUGGCUGAGCUGAAGAAUGUCCGGGCCGCCCUCGACGAGCUGAAGGCCGAGAGACGAGGUGAGAACACAUCUCUGCUGAACUUCAUUUCUUCUUUUUUUUUUUUUUAAAGGGCCGGUUCACACAAAUAAUCAUGAAUAGUCAUCUCACCUCUAGAGGAAGCUGUUGUACAGAUAGUCCCUCAUCCACCAACCAAAUGUUCUGAGCUUUAAUAUCAUAAAAUAUAAACUAGACUGAAGGACCUGAUUGCUGAUAUUUGUUUAAAAACAAGAUGUUAAUAUCCAGUUAAGCUGAGUUAAGCUGCACUGUAAAAACAGUUUGUAAGCACCUUGGGAGUCAUAGUUGACUUUUAAAUGGGAGAAGCAGAUGUUGGGACUGCAGCUGGAAACCAGCAGAGCUCCAUGUGUUUAAUGUUCUCCUCUCUCCACACGAACAGUGAUGAGCGAGCGUCUGGAGGCGGCUGAGAGGGAACUGAAGAGAGUCCAAGAAACGCCUAAAGUUGCAUUCGCUGCCUCGCUGGGAGGAAACGGCCUCGUGAAGACGACCAACGGCAACAAAGACCUCGUCUACAGGGACGUCCUGACCAACGUGGGCGGGGCUUACAACGCUGAGACAGGUGUGUUCACCGCACCUGUUCGUGGAGUCUACUACAUUCGCUUCACAGCCAACGCUCCCACCAACUACCCCAUGAGCGCUGUGCUCUACAAAAACAACGACGCUAUCCAGCUCAUCACCCACGAGCAGCCGUCCGGCGAGGGCAGCGACACGGCGUCCAACGGCGCCGCCCUGCUGCUGGAGCAGGGCGACAAGCUGAAGAUGGUGCUGUGGCACGAGACUCAGAUAUGGGACAACAGCAACCAUCACAGCAUCUUCAGCGGCUUCCUGCUCUUCCCCAUGGUGGACGAAGCCCCGACAGAGACGGACACUGAAGCUGAACUGAAAUCUCUUCAGGCUUCACUGAAGCAGCUUCAGACUGAAGACUUGGGAGUCAAAGAGAGACUGGAGUCCACAGAGAGGGAGCUGAAGGCCAUGAGAGACGUACCGAAGGUGGCGUUCGCAGUUUCCCUCGGAGGUAACGGUCUCCAGAAGACGACGUCAGGAAGCAAAACGCUCGUCUACAAAACCGUCAUGACCAACAUUGGACAGGCGUACAACUCUGAGACAGGUGUGUUCACCGCACCUGUUCGUGGAGUCUACUACAUUCGCUUCACAGCCAACGCUCCCACCAACUACCCCAUGAGUGCCGUGCUCUACAAAAACAACGGCGCCAUCCAGCUCAUCGCCCACGAGCAGCCGUCCGGUGAGGGCAGCGACACGGCGUCCAACGGCGCCGCCCUGCUGCUGGAGCAGGGCGACACUCUCUCCAUGCAGCUGUGGCACGAGACUCAGAUCUGGGACAACAGCAACCACCACAGCACCUUCAGCGGCUUCCUGCUCUUCCCCAUGUGAGGACGCACAUGGACCGAACCAGAACUGGUGUCUGGACUCUGUCCUUCAAUCAUCAUCGUCGUCUGAAAAGCUGUUUUCUCUUUGUUGUCGUGUGACGUCUCAGCUGACUGAGCAGACACCUCACGACUCAUAAAUAAAAACGUUCAAAGACUCAGUUCAUUUUCA